GGACACGGCGGAAGGCGCAGCUCCCGCCACUCCCGUGUCCCUCGCCGCCUCCCGUAGGGGGCGCGGAAGCUGCGCGCUGUUUCCGGCGGCUCCCGGUGGCGCCGGGGCCGCUCCGGGGCUCGGGCCGGGUCGGAGCGGCGCCUCCAGGGCCGCUUCCUUCCUCCCGCCUCGGCGAGGCUGCAAGAAGAUUCCCGUCUGGCAUGCUGCAAAUUCCAAGGAAGGCAGCACAGUCGAAGACACACCUGCUGCCAUGGUGAAUGAGCAGCACCAUGGCACCCUGCUUGUGCAGCUGGGGCCCACGCUGCAGGCCCGCCCAGAGAAGCUGCUGCGGCAGCGGCGAGGCCGCGACGAGCGGCCGGAAUACCUGGUGCGGUGGAGCGUCCUCGGCUCGGAAGAGAGAGCGGCGGGAGGCAGCAGCGCCUGCCCUGCAGAGAGCAGGGCCGAGAGCAUCUCCCUGUGGAUGUCUGCAGAAGAGGUGCGCGCCAGCUGCCCGGCGCUGCUGGGCCAGAGGAGGCCGGAGGGGCCGAGGCAGGAGAAGGCGGCCGGUCCCUGCUCCGCGGCCGUCCCGCGGGACGAAGCCGCGCUGGACGAAGCCUCGCUGCUGGAGAUGAAGGCCGACGUCAGGAGCCUGGUGCGGCGAGCCGGGCGCCAGCUGGCCGAGGCCGGGACCCCCGCGUGCUCCAUCCUGGGCACGGUGCGCGUGCUGGGCGCCUACGCCGGCAUCGGCUCCCUGGCGGGCGCCUUCAGGGAGGCGGGAGCCCUGGAGCUGCUGACGGCCAUGCUGUGCCACCGGGAGGAGCGGAUCCGCCGCGGUGCCGGCGAGAUGCUGCGCGCUCUGGGCGCUCAGGACGCAGGAAUCUGGUGCCAUGUGCUGCUGUCCCUGAGCCAGCAGGAUGGCAUUGAGCAGCACAUGGACUUUGACAGCCGCUGCACCUUGCUGGAGCUGUUUGCUGAGAUCACGUCCUCUGCAGAGCACUGCAUGUCCUUCGAGGGGAUUCACCUCCCGCAGAUCCCUGGGAAGCAGCUGUUUGUGCUGGUGAAGCGCUACCUGUGCGUGACUUCUCUGCUGGACAAGCUGAGCAGUGGCGUGGAGCAGGGAGAGGAGCAGCAGGGCUGCGCUGUGCCCAGCCCCGUCCCUGAGGAGAGGAGCCGUGUGAAGCAGGAGUUUGAGUUCAGCAUGGCCAUGGCAAACCUCAUCUCGGAGCUGGUGCACGUGAUGGGCUGGAGCCACAGGCACAAGGCAGAGCCGCUGCGCCAGCGGGCCCCGCGGCCUCGCCCUGCCCGCUCCAUCUUCCAGCACAAGACCCCGGCCAGCGCUGCUGUCCAAAAGCCUGUGUUGCCUUCAAAUCCUGAUCCUCAGAAAAAGCAGGGCUGUACCUUCCUGACUGCAUCAGACUUCGCAGACAGCGGUGACUACACGGAGUACUUGCGGGCAAACCUGGUGCACGGCAUGAGGGUGCGCCUGCUGGAGGACUCUGGUGACAUUAGAGCUGGGGAGGAAGGCGAGUUUCUCCAGAGCACAAACAACAUGCACACAGUACAGGUUUUACGGCAGUCAACGGGUCGGACCUACUGGGUGCGUUGGCACAUUCUGGAGAUUAUUGGCUUUGGGGAUGAGUGGGAAGAUCCUGCUGCUCAGGAAAAGGAAUACAGUGUGAGAAAGAGCUUCAGUCAAGACACAGGCAAGAUAUCCCACUUAGGAUAUGAGUUGGAAUGUGGGGUGUGCAGCAGAGGAUGGGGGAGUUGGCAGAGCUGACAGUGCCCUUCCUU